CAUCACCUAUAUCGUAAGGUAAGGUAUAUAUGACAACCCCUUGUUUAACCCAACGUCGUAUCUAUAGCAUUUUGUUUCGACCGUUUUCCAAGCGGCUUUUCUUCAUACUAUCAGCGCCAUAGUCAUACUCCGUACUUAUACGUCGCAUAUCUACCCGAAAUGGGUCUCGUUCGUGACGACCAGAAGAUCUCCCUUCCGUCCGCUCCAACGUCGGAAGCCUCAUGUUGCACUUGCGCCACUUUCCUAUGCGAUCUACCGCGCUUUGUCGCAGGGUCCGAGAAGCCUCUUCCAGAAAACCGAGACCUUUCAUGCUGCCGUCGGGUCAUCUGCGGUCUCUGUCUCUAUAAGAAUGCACGUUUCGCCCUCUACUGCCCCUACUGCCAGACCACAUCCUCCUCCUCAACCUCUUCCACAUCAACUCCGCCCUCCGCCAUCUCAGCGCCACCUCCCCCUCCCCCUCCAAUCUCCGAAGCGACGAACCCCGAACGCCCCUCGACCGACGACGCAUCAGGCACUUCAUACCCCGAUGAUCCUCCGCCACCAUACACCCCCGACCCAUCCGCUCUUCCCCAUCCCGAUCCCACGGACAAGAAAGGAAAACAACAACCCGACCCCCCAGCAGAAGACACCCUCCACUUUCUCCACCACCCCCACGACACCAUCGCCUCCCUAAGCCUCCGCUACGGCGUCCCCGCCCCUGUCCUCCGCCGCGCCAACAACCUGUCAAGCGACCACCUCCUCGCCGCCCGCCGCACCAUCCUCAUCCCCGCAUCCCACUACCGAGCCGGCGUCAGCCUCAGCCCCCGCCCGGUCGCCGGCGAGGACGACGAGCGCCGCAAGGCCCGUCUCCGCCGCUUCAUGGUCGCCUGUAAGGUCCACGACUACGACGUCGCUUUGCUGUACCUCGAGCAGGCCGACUAUGACUUGGCUGCCGCUGUGGAUGCCUACCGGGCGGAUGACGUCUGGGAGCGUGAGAACCCUCUUCGUUCGGAGUUGCGUUCUAAGCCGAAGAGGGCGGCGGGGUGGAAGCUCUUUGGCUUGUAGUCUUGACUUUUCCCUGUCCUCUGUUUUUUCUUCCCUUUUUUCUCUCUUCUUUUCUCUUCUUCCUCUUUUUUUCUUCUCCCCCCCCCCCCC